AUGCACACACCGACAAAGGGUCUCUUCUAUGCCAUCUGCUACCCCAUUCUGGCUGCCGUGGGUGUUCCUGCCAACUUCCUUGCAAUUCCAAUCUUAAUCCGAGGACGGUGUGGUCUCUCUUGGUGCAUCACCUACUACCUGGUGGCGAUAGCAGUGAAUGAUUUACUUGUGAUCAUUACAGCUGUCAUUCUCAACCGGAUCAGCCGUAUCUACUUUAGGAACAGUGUCCUGUCCACCACCCCCGUGUGCAGUAUCAGCCCGGUGCUUGUUUAUUCUACAAGGGAUAGCUCAGUAUGGCUGACAGUGGCCUUUACCGUCGACCGUUUCAUAGCCAUCUGCUGCCAGAACUUGAAGACCAGAUACUGCACUGAGAAAACUGCAUCACUGAUCAUUGGAAUAAUCUGUGUCCUGAGCUAUAUCAAGAACAUCCCUUUAUACUUCAUCUACAAGCCUUUGUAUAUCUUAGAUGGAGUGCCCUGGUUCUGUGACAUCAAAUCUAUCUUCUACACCUCAACCAUCUGGCAGGCGUAUGAUUGGCUGGAUCAUAUCCUCACUCCUUUUCUGCCAUUCCUCCUCAUUCUGAUGCUCAAUGCCUUGACAGUAAGACACAUCCUCGAAGCCAACAGAGCCCGCAGAAGGCUCCACAGCACUGACAAUCGUGAAGACCAGGAGAUGACCAACCGCAGGAGGUCCAUUGUGCUGCUCUUUGCCAUCUCUCUCAGCUUCCUCCUCCUUUGGGUCACAUAUGUCGGGCAUUUCCUCUAUGUGCGGGUGACAGGGGAGGGGUAUUUCACGAGCCUGAAUACCAACAAUGUGCAAUAUGUCCUUCAAGAGACAGCCAUAAUGCUCACGUUUCUCAGCUGUUGUAAUAACGUCUUUAUCUAUGCGGUAUCACAGAAAAAGUUCCGAGAGGAGCUGAAGAACUUGCUGAUAGGUCCUUUCACCAGGCUCGCUGCUUGUUUUUAA